AUGGGCAAGGAAUAUCGAGUGGCAUUUUUACUUUUCCUUGGUCUGGCACUACAAAUAGCAGAAGCCAGCUACAGUAUCAAGGGAGGAAGACAUCCGAUUUCCGUUGACGAUUCAGGGGUCAUAAAAGCUGCUGAAAUCAUCAUGAAGAAGAUAAACCGAGAACAUCAUGGUAAAAGAGCGUUAAUGCUGGUCGAAAUUGAAAAAGCAGAGUCCCAAGUUGUAGCCGGAAUCAAGUAUUUUCUUAAUUUGAAAGUUGGUGAGAGACAUUGUUUGCUACAGAACCUCAAUCGAAAGAGCAAGCUAGAUAAAAACUGUCCUUACAAAUCUUGUAGUGCUUUUGUUUAUUCGGCACCAUGGUUGAGAAAACUGGAAACAAAUUAUAAUUGUUGGGAAUAUGAAAAUUGUUAA